GCCCUCCUCGCGCUUGAGUCACAACCGCGGAAGUUGUGUAGAGUGGACGAGAUGCGAAUUUACAUAAAAUAAGGAACCAUAUUGACACGGAGCUGUUGUUCCACCUGAGUGUGUUUGUAUACAUUUUGCAUACGCCUAAAAGUACACGUUUAAUGAACCAAAAUGCUGGAAUGUGGCAUGUCAAAACGUGAUAAAAGGACUCUGCAGAAGUGCUCGACUGUCCUCUGUAAACAGAUGGUGGUGGACGAAAUGCUCAUUCAGUCUCUGCAGGCGGAGGACAUUCUCACAGAGAGCAUGGCGGAGAGCGUGAUGGCUGAACAAACUUCUCAGAAACGUAGCUGGCGUUUGCUGCUUCUUUUACCAAAGCGAGGACCCAAAGCUUUCAGCAGCUUCUGCUCAGCUUUGAGAGACACAGAGCAACAGCACUUAUAUGACCUACUCACACAGUGUCCACAGACAGACAUGAGUGAGGCCCACGGAGAGAGCCUUCCUCUCCCCACACCAGAAGUCAUUCCAGCCAAAAGACCUCGGACACUUGAGUCCAUGGAAGUUAGCCUAGAUACAGACAGUCCAAUCACCACUCCGGUCUAUCCAUGUUCUCAAGAGUUCUACCUUUCACACUGCCAGCAGUCUUAUAAAAUGACCUCCUCUCCCCGUGGCCUGGCUUUAGUCAUCAGUAAUGUGGAAUUUGACCCUUGCGCUCCAGACCUCGACCUGAGAAAAGGAGGUGAGGUGGAUGACGAGGUGCUUAGGAAAGUCUUCACUGAACUGGAUUACAUGGUUACAGUCCAGAGAAACCUCACUGCUCAGGACAUGAGGCGGUGCAUAGAGAUCUUCACCAGGCGCCCGGAGCACAGGGCGAUGGACAGCUGUGUGGUGUGUCUGCUCUCUCAUGGAGUGGAGGGGGCUGUGUACGGCACCGACGGAAAACUACUGCAGCUCGACUGGGUGUUUGGGUCCUUCGACAAUGCGCACUGUCCAUUAUUACAGAAUAAACCAAAGAUGUUUUUUAUUCAGGCAUGCAGAGGAGAGGACAUGGACUGUGGAGUAGAGCAGAUAGAUGGGCCCACGAGGACCUGUUCACCGAGCUGUGAACAGGUGGAUGCUGGGAGAGAGGGUCAGAGCGACGUGAGCCUCAGACAGAGAGGGGACAUGGGGCGACCCAGGAUCAAACUGCCCCAGAGGUCGGACAUGAUCUGCGGCUUCGCUUCUCUCAAAGGUCAGAACAUUUGCACUGCUGCGAUGCGAAACACAAAGAGAGGAUCCUGGUUCGUUCAAGACCUGAACACAGUGCUCCGUCUGAAGGCCAAAGACACUCACCUCGCAGACAUGCUCGUGCAGGUAAAUGGGAGAAUCAAAGAGAGAGAGGGACACGCCCCUGGCACCGCCCACCACCGCUGUAAAGAGAUGUCAGAGUUCACCAGCUCCCUCUGCAAAGACCUCUUCUUCUUCCCCAAACACGAGACCCAUCAACAAUAUGUGCCACACUCAGACUAGUGCAGAGAAUAAUAACUCCGUCAGUCACUAUGUUUACAUGCACAGGGAAAUCGGAGUACGCUCUUGAGCUUCUUGAUCUGAUUUCCAUCUCAUUUUGCCAAAGGGUUCAGGGGCAUCUUGUAAUUUAGCAUUCCACUAAAGCUAUGUAGCUCUAAUUCCCAAUGAAAGCUGCUAACAUUCUGUACAUAAAACCACACUUUUGCAAAUGAAGUGCUCAAUUGCAAAAACAGUUAUCUUGAUUUAAAAAAAUUGUCACUGUAUUUUUUAUUUUUGUUACGCAGAUAUUAUCAACAAAAGUAGCGUCUAGUGUAUUUUAUCAUGGAGCAAAGGAAUAUUUUAAUUGCAAUAUUACCACACAAAAAGUAAACCGCAACCCUUUUUGCUUUUUUAAAUGGCACUUAUCUGUUUAAAAAAAAAAGAAUAAUUGCACUUCAAGUAUUGAUAAACUAAAUUAUUUUGUGCAUUUGUCUUUUUUUUUAUUUAGACAUGUUAAAAGAUGCAUUAGUCACAAGUCAGUUGCUUUCAACGGGUAGUUUUUACUCUCCUAUUUAAGGUAAUGGACCAAAACAGUGAAGAAACACUCCACGUCCAACGACAAAGGAGGGAGGGACCAUAAUUUGUGUAAUUGCUAAUCUAAAAUGAGUCUAAUAUUUGCCUGUUUCUUACCCCAUGCAGUUGAAUGCCUCUCGUAGCAUAGUCAGAGUACAAUCGGAGUACUCCAGAUGUAUUUAUGUGAUUUGGGAAAUAUAAAUAAUGCACUUUAGAAAUCCCGUUGAAAUCGGAUUAAGGCGGAGGUUUGUUUUUCCCCUGACGUGCAUGUAAACGGAGUGAGUUUUUGAACACUGCCACACACUCGGACACACUCUGCUUUUAGAAACUUGAGCUAUUUUUAUUAUUUACUUUCAUUUCUCAAACUAUGAACUUAAUAAUGCCACGUGGACACUGGAUGUGCAUAGAUUUGGCUGGUGUCUCUGUACUAUUUCUGUGCUUUACAUAGGUAUUUUUAAAAGUACAAUUUUUUUCACUCAGAAAUGUAUUUUGUACGCAGAUUUAUUUUUCUGUCCCUUGUUUUUUUUAUAUAAAUAUUUGUAUUUUUCAUUUUAGAAAGUGACAAUAUUUUAUUACAGUGUCCAACAGGUGGCAGCAAAUACAUGUUGAGAUAAUUGCAUUUCAUCAUACACUUGUUUUUUAAUCAAUAUUGUUAUAUGUUUCAUAAUAGUGUUUAUUGCUGUAUGUUUAUUUAUGUAUCCGCCUGCUCUGUUCUUGGUAAUACUAGUAAUCCUCCCACAGAGCAGCUCAGAGCCAGCACUUAUACACUUUUCAUGUUUGUCUGUCUAUUUUAAUCUCUGCUUUUGUUAAAUCAAUAUUGUUAUAAUUCAUGACACCCACCAGCUUUCUUUGUAUCCGUCGUGUUACGUAUUAGCCUUCACGCUAGUCGGCUAACAGGGGAAUAUGGUGCUACUUUGGAGGUCGUUCACAGGCGUGACCUUUGAACUAUAGCAAUCUCUCACCUCUUAUGGGGUUUCUGCCAUUGGGGCACUGCUGUAAGUGGAGCUUUUCUUACUGUAUUACUCCCACUGUCUUCCAAUAGAUAAUCUAAAUGCGGGUUUCUACAGUGACUGGAGCCAAGAGUGACCUGUCCAUGACGUUAAAACCAAUGUGCUGCUUUUUAUGUAUUAUUCUGACCACAUCAUGUACAGUUUAAUGGCAUUCCCCCUGAAAUCACGUUUGUUACAGUAUUUUAUCUGAGAAAAAUUAUCUAAAAACUGUAUUAUUUGUGUCUCAUCCUUAUAUCAUGAUGUUUGAAGUAAUGCGGCCAUUGGAGGUGCUCUGUUACCAUCACAUUAAAUAUACUUCAAAUGAAGUAGUAUUAUCAGGUUCAUGUCUCAGAUAUUUGUCUGGCAAGCUGCAUUGUUCCACAUAUUUUGAUAUGUAAAAUUAGACAUUUGUUCAUGACGACUGCCAAAUAUUGUGUACAAUAAACAGCCAAGGUUGAAACGCGCC